UUGUCAUCUGAACUCUGCAUUCUUCUUCUUCUUUCGAUAUUGACAAUGUCAAUUUGACAUGUGGGUGUCUUAUGCGACUCUAUUCCCGACAGUGAUAGGUAUCCUCGAUCUCAGCUAAUAAAAGGAUUAAAAGGGAUCUUAAAAUGGAAGAGACAGGUGAAGGUAAAGAAGUAGUGAUUGCAUCAAAAAAAGAGAAAAAAGUGUUCCGUCCAGCAAGCCAUAUUAUCAGAGGAGUUCCUGCAGAGAUUGAAAAUGAUCCUAAACUUAAGAUGGCCAUGGAUGUUCUACCACAAAAUUACAAUUUUGAAAUUCCUAAGACAAUCUGGCGAAUUCGACAAGCAAAUUCUAAACAUGUGGCACUUCAGUUUCCAGAGGGUCUAUUGCUGUUUGCAACUGCAAUUGCAGAUAUCAUUGAAUCAUGGACUGGUGCUGAUACAACUAUAAUGGGGGAUGUUACAUAUGGAGCAUGUUGCGUAGACGAUUUUACUGCUCGUGCUGUGGGUGCAGACUUUAUGGUUCACUAUGGGCAUUCCUGUCUGGUUCCAAUAGACCAAACAAGCUCAAUUCCUUGUCUGUAUGUGUUUGUUGAUAUUCAGUUUGAUACUGUCCACCUUCUUGAAAGCAUCAAAGCUGUUUUUACUAGUGAUGUUCCUUUAGCAUUAGUGUCUAUUAUCCAGUUUGUCAGCUCUUUACAGAAAGUGGCUCAGGACUUAAAAAGUAGUGGUUAUAGUGUUUGUGUGCCUCAGUGUCGACCUCUGUCACCAGGAGAAGUACUUGGAUGUACUUCACCUCCAGUACCAGAAGGGCAUACAAUCAUUGCUCUUGGUGAUGGUCGCUUUCAUUUAGAGUCCAUCAUGAUUUCUAAUCCUGAUAUUCCAACAUAUUUAUAUAACCCAUAUUCUAAGGUUCUUUCACGGGAGUAUUAUGAUCAGCCUCUUAUGAAAAAGAUUCGCAAAGAGGCCAUUGAUAAAGCAAGUGAAUCCAAUAAAUGGGGCUUAAUACUGGGAACACUUGGCAGACAAGGAAAUACCAAAGUUAUGGAAAAUCUUAAAAAACAGUUAGAAGUCGCAGGAAAAGAUUUUAUUAUUGUCCUGAUGUCGGAAAUCUUCCCGGCUAAACUGAAUGCCAUGAAAGAUGUGGACGCUUGGGUUCAGGUGGCUUGUCCAAGACUCUCCAUUGACUGGGGUGCAUCAUUUUCUAAGCCGCUGCUUACACCUUAUGAAGCGACUGUUGCCCUAAAGCAUGCAGAGUGGCAGGUAAAAAAUUAUCCCAUGGACUUUUAUGCAAAUGAAAGUUUAGGUGAGUGGACACCAAAUCAUAAACCACCUUGUCCUUGUGGGUUUACAAGGAAAACUGGAUGCAAAGGACCAAAGUGUGAGUCAAAAAUUAAAAUAUGAGCUACUAGU